AUGGACUUUGGCAUUGAAAGUAGCUCGGAAAGAACUCCAAGGAUCUUUGCUGUAACAGGUUUUGUGCCUGACAGUGUCGGAAGCCAGCAAUAUUCCGAGUACAUCGGCCACGACACUAAGCCCAUUGUGGCCGUUGGCGUAGCACACAGCUCCGAGUCGCCCCGUCGAUACAUAUCAAUUGCGGCAGGCCAGAGCUAUCUGGCUCUCAAUGCCACUCAAUGCAUUGUCGACUUUACGCCUACCCUGUUCAACGUCUCGGUUGGAAUUAGAGGAAGAAAUAUUACGGUCUCUCCUGUGGGCGAAGUUGAAGAUUUCAACCCCGAACGAAACUUGACAAGGACAGUUGUCAGACAGUUCGAGCUUAUCUCUAACGAUCUGACCAGCUUCUACGAGUCUGUCCUUGGGAAUGCUUUUCUUUCGAGCAUUGCAGCAUGGAACAUGUCUUCCAGCGAGAACGGUACAGUUCCAGAGGACGAAGCGACUCUUCGUGGCCUAGAAAACGCCAUCACUGCAAUGGCGGACUCUAUGCUGACGGCUUAUGGUGCUGCCCAGCUAAUGGUGGGUAAUUACUCGGAGGCGAGGCAGGCAGAAGUGACGAUAGGAGUUUUUGUGGUUGGCGAGAAGAUCUACGUUAUCGCUGUUGCGGUGCUCAAUGCGUUAGUAAUUCUAGCCGUCGCCAUAGAGGGGCUUAGAACGAAAGGUUGGCAGGGACUCCCGUCGUUUGACUUUUCGAACCCUGAAUGGUUAAUCGCCGCUUCAUUCCGAGGAGGCGUUCUGUUCAAGGGCUCAAGCAACGUCAUCAGCGAAGACAGUCCAGCGGCCAGGGCUUCAACGAAGAGUAUCUUCUCGACUUACUCUAGGGUACUUGGAAGUGAUGGAAAGGAAGAAUCAAUCAUCGAGUUGGUUCCAUCAGGGCACGGUAAUGAAGAUGUCGCCUUGAUUGUGAGGAAGUGA